ACCACACCAGGCGUGUUUACACCUGCAGGUACACGCUCACACGGAGACUGUGCCAUUGUCAGUCUGUCAAACCAAGACGAGACCUGACCCUGUGAUACAUUGAAACGUUACUGUUCGGCCGGGACGCUCUCUGGUAGGUGCUCCAGGGAGCCUCUGAUAAUCUGCCCUCAGGAGAAAAGUUGAAUCUUUGCUCCAGGACGCAGCCAUGGAUGACACAGACGUAGAACAGGUGACACUGGCUCUACUAGAUGCAGCCAAUGAUAAAGACUCAGACGUCCAGGAGCAGGUCAGAAAGUCCAUGCUGACUCUGGGAAAGCAGCAGCCAGACCGAGUGCUGGCAAUGUGUCAGGAUUACCUCAUGAAGAAUCCUAAGUUGGUCGUGACUCACAGAAUUGUGAUCCUUCAGACCAUUGAGCUGAUCGUUGGCUGCAGUAUAGAUGAUCUGAGCGCUCCCAGAAUAAAAAGCCUCCUCUCUCUGGCCUCAGAUGAGAUGACUCGGUCAAAGGAGGUCAUUCCUAACUGGCAGAAGGCAGCCAGUAACAUCUUGGUUGCUGUAGGAAACAAAUACAUCAAUGAAAUCAUGGAGGAGAUCCUGAGCAAGUUCCAGCCAGGGGUCCUGCCUCACUUCUUUGUGGUUCAAACACUAGCCAACCUCUCCGACUCAAAUGUUUAUGGGAUGGUACCAUUUCUAAAUGCUAUACUGGGCACCAUGUUGCCGAUGCUGACCUUGGCCAAACAGGACAACAUGAAGUGGGUCUUUUCAUCUGCUUUGUGUCAUUUCAGUGACAGCAUCUUGGAAUAUUUGGCCAAUCUGGACAAAGCACCAGAUCCCACUGUCAGAAAAGACACAUUUUCCAAUGAAAUAUAUUCUGCUUUUGAUAUCCUCUUCAAUAACUGGCUACAAAGCAGAGAGUCCAAGCUGAGGCUGACAGUGGCUGAGGCAGUGGGCUCGAUGUGUCAUCUGAUGCCCAGUGAAAAACUGGAAGAACAGCUCCCCAGAAUCGUCCCUGCCAUCAUGUCCCUGUACAAGAAAAACACAGAGCACUACAUCAUUAGCAAAAGCUUGUGCCAAGUUCUGGAUGCUUCUAUCAACAUGGGCAGCAGAGUGCUGGAAACCCAACUGGAAGGCCUUCUGUUUGCGCUGCAUCAGCAGGUGUCUACCCCUGUUCAUUACAGUGACCCCCCUACUGUCAAGAACCAUAAUGAGGUCCUGCGCUGCUUCAGCUUGCUUGCCAACUCUUUCCCAGACCGGAUGGUUAUGUUUGUUCUUCAGAAGAUGGAGAACAGUAAUGAAAGAAGCAGGCUGGGCUCCCUGGCUGUUCUCCGUCACCUCAUCAACUCCUCCACUUCUACAAUGGAGAGCAAAAAGCUGCUUCUUCUGGCCAGCAUUAGACAGCCAAUGGCUGACCACAGUAACGAGGUGAAGAAGCGUGUGGUCCAAGUAAUCAGUGCCAUGGCUCAUCAUGGUUAUCUGGAACUAGAGGGAGGAGAGUUACUGGUUAGAUUUAUAGUUCAAAACUGUGCUUUACUUGACACCUAUCAGAGAGGUCAAAGGCCCCCUGAUCAAGAAGAGGUGACUAAUGAGGCAUUAAGGGCAAUGUGUGACAACACACUCCAUCUCUUAACCACUACUGUUGGACGACUAGCUGAUGUACUAUGGCCCAAGCUGCUGUACUAUCUGACCCCUUCACAGUACAGCAAUGCCACCACACCUCUCUGUAAGAGCCUCAUAGUGCUGGGAAACAAGAAGAAAAGCAACCAGGAUCCUAGCUUCAUCAUCAACUUUAAACAGGAAGUUAAUCUGCCGUCUCCUCAAACUCUAAUGAUCAGACUCCUGGUCAACGCAGCGUUCCCGUUCAACAGCAGAGGUCAUGGAGCCCCGUCCUUAUCGCUUCUCCAAAUCCUCAGUGUCAACAUUCACCCCAAUGCAGAGAAAGUUUGGGAGAAAGAAAUACCUCCUCUGGUUUCACUGUUAGAAGAGUCAACAGCAGAGAGUCUGGAUAAAAAGGACUGGGAUGAGAGGCUGCUAAAUCUCUUGUCUAAAACCUUGACAUCGAUUCAAGAUGACAAGUGGGUGUGUCAGCUGGCAGCUGAAUCAACGAGAUACCUCUCUACAUAUAACAAUUCCCUAGAGGAGAAGAGCUUUCUGUACCGGUGCAUUGGAGUGACUCUCCAGCAGUGUUUCAAUAAGGAGGUUGUGAAGAAGCAACUGCAGGAAGUCCUCCUCACAGCAAGACACAACGAUGCUGUGGAAAGAGAGGGAGUGGCAAUGAGUGUUGGUCUGUGUGCCAACAGCCAUUUAGAGGGAACUUUAGCCAAACUCGAUGAAUUUGGUAAAUCAGACGCUUUCAAAAAGUCACCGAGCAUCUUCAACCUGCUGAAGGACCGUAAUGAUGUUGAGGUGGAGAAGGUGAAAAGCACAUUAAUUUUGUGCUACGGUCACGUGGCCUUGAAUGCACCACCAGAAAAGAUUCUCAAUCGCAUUGAUGAGGACAUCUUACGCUGCAUCAGUAAACACUUCAAUACCAAGGUUCUGGGGAUUAAAGUAGAGACGAAGGACCUGACAAUGAAGCUCAGUCUGAUCCAGAGUGUUGGACUCGUAGCCAAAGCCAUCAGUGAGUGUGUGAAGAAACAGGGCUACAUCUUUUCUCGCAAGCAGGAACUCAUUACUGUCAUGCUGGAUUUUAUAAAGUCAGAACCAGCUGAUUCUUUGAAGACUCCGUUACGCCCUCUAGUGAUGACCACAUGUGCAAACCUUAUACCCCUGGACCCCCCACUGAGUGAGAACGAGAGCUUUGAUUUGCUAAAAGUUUGUGUGAAUGGUGUGUUUUCUCUUCCACCUGAGACACACACUCCAGAGAAAACCAAAGAGGAGGUGGUACUGGACCCUAAGCAGAGAAAGGCUUUGUACAGAGACACACUAGCUGCUCUGCAGGAGCUGCUGAAGAACAUCCUGGCCAGAGAUCCCACACCUGAUGGCUUACAGAAUGUCUUCAAGCACAUUGAAUCCUGGCUGGGCUCUGUACACGACCACGAGAGAGAGAGGGCCAUCACAACCACCGCCCACAUGCUCUCCUAUUAUCUGGAUAACCUCAGUGUCAAGAGUAUGGUGUCCUUUCACAACCUUGGAGCCAUGCUCGGUCGAUUGUCUCCUCGUUGUUCUGACCCUUACCCCACUGUACGCACUGCUGCUAUCGACUGUAUUUACACACUACUUUGUAUACAGCUACGAUAUGAGGGCUUUUCUUUGGAUUAUAAAGAUGAAACUGUUGAAGGUCUGCUGGCUUUAAAAGAGCAGCUGGAAAACCCCGACCAUUCAGUUCUUUACAAGACCUGCUCAGACCUCACCAAGGUGAUGAGUAAGCGUCUGCCUCAGCAGCAGCUCACGACGUUGGUGUUCAUGUUGUUUGAAGUGCUGGCUGACAGUCAGACAAACUGCUGCAGAGCUUCAUCUGUCAUCUUAAAUACUCUACUGAAGAACAGAGGAGCAGGACUACAGGACCUGGUCCCUGAGAUGUUAGAGGUGCUACAUGUACGUCUGCAAAGCAUCACAGAUGAGCAGGUGAGAGUAGCAGUGGGACAAACUGUACUAAUCCUGGCUUCUCAGCAUCUGCAGACUGUUAUUAAUACGCUCAUUAACCAACCUCUUCCUUAUGACAGCUGGACCUGUGAGAUGUGGAUGGCUUUGGGAGCUGAUCCCAUUGUAGCCAAUCAGAUCAUAGAGAUGGUGAUGGAGAAACUUGCGAUCACGGCGCCAUAUGUGGACAAGAAGGAGUCGCUGAUGAGGGGAGGGACAACAAAGGUUGCCACCAAUCAGCCACUGGCUAUGACAUGUGGUCUCAAAGAGCUGCUGUUGAACGGGCAGAGUCAGGAGCCAGCAGUCAGCCAGUUCCCUCAAAUCUUCUCCUGCCUCACUGUCAGACUGGGAGCAAGUGUUGGAGUCUUGGCACCGAAGGAUAGCACUCAGAAACACACUGCUUCCAUCCAUGUUGCAGGGGUAGCUGCUGAUGCUCUGAGAAUUUUGUUAGCACGAGCUCAGUUGGAUGAAGUGAUGAAAAGACUAGAUGAAGAUAAUGCUUGGGAUGCCAUAAAGGAGCAAAGUACACACACAAAGGGAGUAACACUAUUAGCCAGGGCAAUAGCAAAGCAUGCUGGUCCCAGGUUGCCUGCAAUCGUAGAGUGUCUUUGCCCAUCACUGAACAACAUCUAUGAAUGUCAGAGGAUCACCGUCACAGCUUUCUUCUCUGAGUUGUUGAACCAUCAUGUGGUGACGGAGCUGAUGCUAAUAGAUGUGUUGAUGAACAACAUGAUGGAGAGGAUCUCAGAUCAAUGCUGCACAGUCCGCAUGUUGGCUGUGCGUGGACUGGGAAACAUAGCAGAAGGAUCUCCUGAGAAGGUGAAUAAAUACGCCAAAGAGCUGCUGGCAGCAAUGAGUUCAGGAAUGGAGGAGAAAGAUGAUCCAGGUAAACUGAUUACCCUAGAAGCCAUGUCUGGUCUGUCUAAAGUUCUCGUCCACCUGGACAAGAAGAACGUCCAUUUACUUGUAGUCUAUAUCUUCAUGAAGAUCAAACCGUUCCUGGAAAGCGAUAAUGAUGAAAUCCGCUGUGCUUCCAUUCUUCUGAUGGGGAACCUCUCCAAGUUUGGCUCAGGGGAGCAAGUGUUCAAAGAUCAGAUCCACAACGUUCUGGUCAGCUUGCUGUUGCACCUGGUAGACCCAAACCCACAUGUGGUCAAGGCGUGUAAGUUUGCGAUGAGAGUGUGUGCUCCUGUGGUGGGAUCUGAGCAGAUCACAGCCAUGUUUCAGAACCACCUGCACGAUGACAAGAGCUUACACUAUGGAGAGUUUAUCAAUGACCUCACAAAAUACCUGAUUCAGGACUUUCCAGGCAUGCUGAACUUCUACCACAUCUCAGUCAUCCAGUUCUUCAAGAGCAACUGGCCUGAGGUCAGAGCAGCAGCUGCCAUGUUUAUAGGCUUCCUGCUGGGGAACCUCACACAGGAGCACCGCUCUCACCUCAACAUGGCCACCAUCACCAAAGGUUUAGUGAUGCUGCUCCAAGACCCAGACCCUGUGGUGAGAGUGAAGGCUGCCGAGGCGAUGGGCCACUUCCCCUGACUCCAGUCCCAUCGCACACGUCAGUAGUGGUUAAUCACUACAAAAACAUUUUUAAUGCAAAGUUAGUGGACACUCAAGUAAAAUUUUAGUUUAGUAAAUAAUGCACAUCAUGGUAAAAUGUGCAGCUGUUGUACAAUUGUCCAAAUACAUCUCUUACAUUCAAUAAAGCUAAAAUGGACCAAAACAGAAGAUAUGGUUUCCACAGGCCAAAUGAUCACUUUUUAUUCUUAACGUAUCAGAGCAGUGAACAAUGAAAAUACACCAACAUAAACAGAAGAGCAGAUAAUAGAAAAAAAUUGUGUGAAUUUUGAUACAAGCACCAAAUUUGGUAUGACGACUGUCUUUGAGGUAUUUGUCAAAUCUUUCAUUUGAAAAUCCAAGAUGGCAGCCAUUUUAAGAUUAACUUUUCACUCAAUCUUAUGGUAAUACAACUGAUUUAUUUGAGUGAUUUAUGACAAAUGAUAGUGGUCCAACAGAUCUUCCACGUGUCCAGCCAGCAACCAUUUUGUCAGCAAAUUUGAAAAAUGGCCCCAUCUUGGAUUUUAAAUGGCCAAUCAGGUUGGACUGUUCAGAAGACUCUUGGGAACAACCAUGCCUAACUCUGUGCUUGUAUCACACUUUGCACGAUUCUUGUUCAAAACUUGGUUUUAGCAGCUUUUCUAAAAUGCACCUGCGCCAUGAACCGCUAGCAGCUUGAACCAGUUUCUUUGACAUUUUAUUUUGUUACUUGAAAGAAGUCAUUCUUAGCUUUAUUUAGUGACCAACGACUGUGUUUGUAGAGCUUACUGUUCAAUGCAUUAAUGCCUGAGGUAUUCUGUCGAUUAAAUAUCCAAUAUAUCUGCAAGUUUUGGUCACAAAGUUUAAAUGGUUAAACUUGGGUAUUUUUUAAUUUGAGAACAAAUGUAGCUUCUUUAGGUAUUUGUUAUGCUUGUUAGGGUUGUACAUGACACACAUGAUUUCACCCCAGUCCAGCGUGUAACUGGUGUGUGCGUGCGUAUGAGUGAGUAAAUUAGGAUUUAAAAUGGUGGGUUAGACACUCUGUUACAGACAGAUCUGGUGUAGUUAGCCUGGUUUCAGACAACUUGAGAUCCCCUCCGCUUUGAGCUCAUCCUGUCUUUUUAAAAGUAGACUCGGUGAAAACAUGUUUACAUCUGUGUCCAUGAAAUUCAGCGAACUACAACAGAAGUUGAAGUAUUUAUUCUUGAAGGUUUUAGUUGUCUUAGUAGCAUCACAUCUUCCAGCAACAUUUUAAUAUUUAAAAACAAAAGCAUUUUUUAUGAAUAGUUCCGCAUUUCAACUUAUUACCAGGUUUGUUCAGAUAAGAAAACAGCCUUAACAUCAGUUUUAACCCUUUUAAAUAUAUGUCUUGACUCCCCUACCAGUGUGUCAUUUUUCCUCGUUUAAAUGUUUUAAAUACCAUAUUAAAAAAAAAUCACAUUUACACUCAAGUCAAUUGAAGGGAGGUAAAUGUGGUUGUUUUUUAAAAUUUGCUUAGAUGAGACCUGACAAUCCCAACCUGUCCUGUUUUCCUUUUUUUUACCAGUGUUGUGAAGGAGAAAAGUGCAUCUCUAACCAGUGCCAAAAGUCACUUAUCACUAAUUAUAAAACCAUCUGUUUUCAUGUUGGUAAUAUUUAACUAUAUAUUAAGAAGUUUGUGGUUUUAGGGAACCGUUUUGGGGCGUUUGUGUAAAUAUGUGUGGGGCUGUAACUUAUUAAAUCAUAUCUACCUUCGCUUUUUAUUUAUGUCUAUGAAUGAUUUUUGAAGUUUUUUGAGUUAGAUGAAACCUUGGUAUUAAAGGUAAGAAAAUUCCCAAAAAAAAAAAAACAUUAGACAGCGGUAUGUAUGUUUUGUGAAGAAUACCUCCAAAAUCUUUGUUGCACUUUUUAGCUUGGACGUGUAGCCCCUCAUUGGAGAGCUUUCAAACAUCUACACCAGUUGUUUUUGUAUCUCAGUUGCAGCUGAAUGCUUGACGAUCUCCAAUUGUUUGUCUUAUUUUUUGGAUAUGUCUCUUUCUUGUGAUAUCUCAGGAAUACCUCGAGGAAAUUUGAUCAAUUUUGGCCAAAACCAAACAAAGUUAAUUUGCACUAAUAGUCUAAACUCAAAUCCCUGAAAGAUGUGUUUAAGGCAAAAAUUCAAGAAUUUACUUAAUAAACGCAUUAUAACAAAACUUAAAAUCCAUAUAGUUAUAUUAAAUCAUUCAUGUCUGAUUAUAACAUGCAGUCAGAAAACUUGUGGUUUUAGUCGGUGUUUAAACAUGAGGCAAACACUUUUUAAAUGUUCUUGAAUCUGUAUUUGUCUUAAGCCCAAACAGCAGAGACUCAUGUCUUCUAGUAUAUUAACACUAUGACCUGGUGUAGGAUGAUUAAUGGUUUUUACUGGUGGUCCGUUGUGUCUAAGUCUGUAAUAAAUGAUAUGAAUUUUAAUUUUUUUUAAAAAAAUUUUGAUGUAAUCUUUUUUUUUCUUUUAGAUAAGUGUUGAAUGUUGUAAAUGUGUGUCUGGAAUGUAAGAGCUUGUACAAAUGAAUAAAUGUGUGCAAACCAGAA